AUGGCUGCAGUGGCUGAGCGCAUGAAUGCGGCCGUCUUCAACGGAGCGUCGGUUGGCUGCGCGGCUCGAGUGGCGGGGCGCUGUGAGUUCCAGCCUGAGACGCAGCAAUGGAUCCUGCAGACAGUUGACGGAGCCCCCUUGCCGCUUGCCAACACGACUGGAAUGGAGUUGGGUGCCAACCAGCUGGUCGAGGUCAUUGGAACAAAGGGCCCCCAAGGCCAACUCUGUGCCACAGGCCUAUGCAAACUUCCAGAUGGCGAACUUGAUGUGGAGCUCUGGAAUUCCGCAGUGCAGCUGAUUCAUCACCCAAAGCUCAAACACCUUUUCCAGCCUUUGCCGCAGUGA